AGCUGACUGGUGGGUCAUGUGACCUGCGGCCUUUGCUGUGGGAGGAGCCUGGGACAUGCUGUGUGUGUGCCUGUAAUAUAUACAGUGAUUGUCUCACUCCCAGCCAUAUCCACUUCCUCCGGCACCCGGCUCAGCCCUGCAACAUGUCUGUCCUCACAAAUCUCUUCGACUACAUAGAGAAGUCCCAGGAUCUCUAUGUUAAGGUGAGGAUAUGAAUCCAGGAGCUUGUUUUACAUGGAUUGAUCUGAUUUGAUCCACCCUGAACUGCAAUGCAUUGUUCAGUUUAUAUACUGAUAGGAUGGAAUUUUGGUUUUCUUCACUUGCUAAUUUUUAACAGUUGUAUGUAUUGUAUAUCCUGUGUGAGUGUGCAUGCACGCUGAGCAUUGUGCAGUGUGCACUGAUUGUAUAUACACUCUGGGCAUUGUGCACUGAUUGUAUAUUCUAUUCCGUGUGUGUAUUCACUCUGGGCAUUGUGCAGUGUAUAUUUAUUGUAUAUUAUAGUGUGUGUGUGUGUGUAUAUGUAUGUAUGUAUGUGUGUAUAUAUGUAUAUACACAUACAUACACUGGGCAUUGUGCAGUGUGUAUUGUAUAAUUUGAGCAUUGUGCAUCGGGGCACAGCUUGCAGAUCUAAUAUCUGUAUGUAAACUUCAUUGUGCAGUUUACAAAUGUUUCACUUAUUGUUGAAGUCAAGACUCCCACAAGCGCCAUCUGCAAGGUGUAUGUGGUAACAGUUGACUUUCAUUUUGGCAAAUUAUUGCCAGUAAUACUUUGGUUUGGCACAAUUGCUGUAACAUAAAGCAACACUGUAGCAGAAUUUAAAAUGUAUAUACUUUAAAGCAUCACUAUAGGGUCAAGAACACAGACAUGUAUUCCUGACCAUAGAGUGCUAAACCCAACAUAUAGGUGGCUUGCCACUGCAGAAUGGGUUAAAACUCCCCUUAUAUCCCAUGGGGAAAGCAUUGGAUUGGCUAAAAUCGUCAAGAGGUGGAGCCAAACACCAUUUUGGCCAAUCAGCACCUCCUCAUAGAGAUGCAUUUAAUCAGUGCAUUUCUAUGAGGAAAAUUCAGUGUCUCCAUGCAGAGCGUGGGAACGCUGAAUGGCAGGGCUGCUUACUGUGCAGCCCCUCCAGUGGCCACUUGGGUGUCCCUAGGGGCAAUGUGAACACUGCCUUUUCUUCUGAAAAGGCAGUGUUUACAUGAAAAUGCCUGCAGGGAGCUAUUAUACUCACCAGAACAACUACAUUAACCCCUUAACGCCGUUACGGCAUUCUAUGCCGUCCCCAUUUAAAUGGGCUUUAAAGCCGUUGCGGCGACAUAGAACGCCGUAACGGCUUUCAGCCCCUGGAGGUCCGCGGUAUUGACUCCACCGCGAUCCUCUUCGGGAGGACUGCCUGACAGCCCUCCCAUGGCAAAUCAGGCCCCCUAUAGCUGGCUGUGGAUCUGGAGUGUCAGACAGUCCCCCUGCUGGUGGGAGGUGUAAAAAAAUAAAUAAAUAAACAAACAUGUUUAAAAUAAGUGUGUGUGUGUGUGUGUGUAACAUCAUAUGUAAUGUAUUUUAAUGUUAAUAUAAGCAUAUAUAUUAGUAUUAAAAUACAAUUAGAAUGUUAUAUAUAUAUUUACAAAAAUAAAUACAGUAAUAAAAUAUAAUAAAUACAGUAAUAAAAUAUUUUUAAAAAAAUUAAAAUAAAUUAUAUAUACAUAUGUAAUUUCAUUCUAACUGUAUUUUGAAAUAUAUAUAUAUAUGUGUGUGUGUGUGUGUAACAAAAUACACUUAGAAUGACAUUCUGUAUAUAUCUAUCUAUAUAUAUAUAAAAUAAAAAUAACUGCAAAUAUAUUUAUAUAGAGAUAUAUAAUUACAUAAAUGAUUACAUAAGUAUACACAUAGAAUUUAAAUACAUAUAUAUGUAUAAAUAUUAAAAUUCUACGUGUAUAUUUAAGUAAUCUUUUAGCAUAAUUAUGUGAUUUUUAUUAAUUAAAAUUUGAUUGACAUGCCUGACAACCCAGGCAGAGAAUUUAAUUUGCUAGCACUAUAUUUAACCCUGUAACUUUCCAAGACAGCAUAAAACUUGUACAUGGGAGGGUACUGUUUUAUUCAGGAGACUUCGCCGAACACAAAUUUUAGUGUUUCAAAAUGAUAAAUUGUAUUACAACGAUGAUAUUUUCAGUAAAAGUGAUUUAUUUUUUUGCAUUUUUUCAUACACGAACGGCACUUUUACUGACGAUAUUAUUGUUGUAAUAUGUUUUACUGUUUUGAAACACUUAUGUUUGUGUUCAGUGAAGUCUCCCAAGUGUAACAGUAACCCCCAUGUACAGGUUUUAUGGUGUUUUGGAAAGUUAAAGAGUCAAAUAUAUUCAUUUUUUUUCACAUUGAAGUUUGCCAGUUUGGUAAUGUUGCCAUUGAGACCGUAUGGUAGCCCAGGAAUGAGAAUUACCCCCAUGAUGGCAUACCAUUUGCAAAAGUAGACGACCCAAGGUAUUGCAAAUGAGGUAUGUCCAGUGAUGUUUAGUAGCCACUUAGUCACAAACACUGGCCAAAUAUUAGUUUUUUGCUUUUUUUCACACAAAAACAAAUAUGAACGCUAACUUUAGCCAGUGUUUGUGACUAAGUGGCUACUAAAAAAAGACUGGUAAUACCCCACUUGCAAUACCUUGGGUUGUGUACUUUUGCAAAUGGUAUGCCAUUGUGGGGGAGGCAGCUCUCAGCGUCAUCAGUUGCAUGCUUGCUGCUCUCUGACGAUCGAAGCCCUUACCUAAACUGCAAAAGGAUGUGCAGCCAUCAUGGGAAGGUCGGAUACCUCAGAACUGGAUGUACCACCAUGUUGGAGGUGGAGAAAAGCCACAGGAAACUGGCCAUAUUUGGUAAUGGGCAUUGGUUCAUGACAAAACACCUGGACUAAAUUAGAUCAUUAGAGGGGUAUAUAUAUGGAUGUAUGGACAUUGUAUGAACAUGAGGAAGACACUGAGUUUGGUUGAAAUGUGUUGUAGUAUCAUUAUAGUUUUACUUUGUUUUAUGUGCAAUAAAGGGUUUCUAACUUCAUCUGGUUCCUGGCUACCUUUUAAAGGAAUAUUAGUGCUUUCUGAGGGACCUGGCACUUGAAGUAUUCUACCCUGCAUCAACCUGAUAUUGAUGAAAUGCCUGUAGAGUGUAGAGCCAACUGGCUCUUUAAUUUGUGCGUGUUCCAAGUUAUCUCACCAUUCUGAUUUGUGUUUACAUACUAUACCAUGAUACUUUUAUCUUUCAUAUUAUAUAGGUUUUAAUUACCAUCACUAACUGCAAGGUUUUACCACUGUGUGCGCAAUCACCUUGUUCCCUGUUUGAUUGGGCUUGUUCUAGCUGUCGUGGCUAUCCAAGCAUGUUACUGAUUGCACAGCAAAAAUAAAGAAUUAUUAAACUCUAUGCCAAAGAAUUGAUUAAGGGAGAGCAUAAGAAACUGGCUAAGGAGUAUAGGAACAGAGUGACAUGACUUCACGCCACUCAGAUGCCGCCAUGCUGGCAAUCCAGUGUCCCUGAGCAGGGCAAAUCAGUGACCAGCAGUGGUAGCUGUUACAGAAGUGUAACUCUCACUUCUCUAGUGAGAUCAUGGGGAGGAAACGGAAGCUUAGGUAUGUGGUUGCAGUUUCAUUUUAAUAUCUGUAUGUUUAGCAUUUCAAAGCAAAAUGCAGCAAAUACAGACUCCAUGGCCACCUUAAAUCACUGAUCUGGUCAUUGUGCUUGGACUAACCCUGUGAAUCUAUUUAAUUUUCCAAUGUGUCUGGAAUUAUCAUGCUGCACGUGGUGACAGGGUUAAGUUAUAGGGAGGGAAAGUGUGUUAUAUACAAUGCUAUAUUCGGUAUUUAGUGGUUUUCUGUGUGAUCUCCCUGCCAGAUCACACCUUGUGAUUGGAACUGCAUAAAAAAAAUAAUUCUGCAACCAGGUUAUUGAGUGGGGAUUCAUAAGACACAACUGGGUUUUAAAUGGGGACAGCUAUGAUUGCUGCUCAGCCUAAUUUGCUUGCUGCUGCGGGUUCCCACAGAGCAAUUGUACCAGCAAACAAGUUGGGUUGAGCAGCGGUUGGUCCGAUAACCAUAGAAUCUGACCCAAUAUGGCUGCUCAGCCAAAUAAUAAUAAAAUUAAAUUAUCUGGGGGUAAAAAAAAUAAAGUGUGUGUGUGUGUGUAUGUAUGUGUGUGUGUAUAUGUGUGUGUGUGUGUAUGUAUGUAUAUGUGUGUAUAUGUAUAUAUGUAUAUAUAUAUAUAUAUAUAUAUAUAUAUAUAUAUAUAUAUAUAUAUUAUACACAUGUUGAAUAUAGGAAGUGCUGUAUGUCUGUGUGACUGUCUCUUAUCUGCUUUCAUUAUUAUCUAUAGAGACUGGCAGAAUGGGUGGCAAUACAGAGUGUAUCUGCCUGGCCAGAGAAAAGAAGCGAGAUAAAGAAGAUGAUGGAAGUUGCAGCUAAGGAGAUUGAGCGUCUUGGAGGAGAGGCUGAACUGGUCGACAUUGGCAAACAAAAGGUAUUCACACCAGGGCUCUGUGUCAUGUCAUGUAGAGCAGUGCUUGUCAAGUGAUUUCUCAAGGCACACCAAUAUUUCAGGUUUUGUCAGUUUACAAAUUCCAACAUACUCUAAAACGUUUCCUGUAUUCAUUCCCAAAAUAUACCUUACAAUCAGACAGUCACAAUACAAGAUGCCAUAUACAGCAAAAUAAUUAGAAAAAGCCUUGGGAACCAAAUUGGGUUUAGCUUGAUCACAUAAAUAUGGAAGUUGUUCCUUUUUAUUCUAAAUAAAUACAUAAGCUCAUUUGGGCAGUGUCCUCUUAACCUACUCUUUCCAUAUGUCAAACAUGUUUUGUUAGAAUUGUUUGUCUUGUUUACCAAUUGUACAGUGCUGUAGAAUAUGUUGGCACUGUAUGAAUAUUUGGAAUUUCAGAAAGCAUAAGUGUAACUGGAACUCUCUGAGUAUACACAUUUUGGAAUCAUUUCUGGUGAAAAUGUAUCAAUCAGAGCCACAGCCAUUCCAGAAUUAAAAAUGUAAUAUUCUGCCCCCUUCGUACUUCCUAAGACAUGAAAUAAUGCCUAAUAUGAAUCACCUUGUUGUCAUGUAGUCUGCACUUCUUCAUGUAAGUGAUUUAAUGUUUACGGAUAAGCCAUCCAAACUCUUAAAUGUAAUAAUCUUUUAUGCCAACCCUGAGGUUUUCUUUUGUAGAUACUGUAUUUAUGGUUAUAUUAGCCUGCAUAUUGGUUAAGCAGUCUUGUUGACCCUUUUAUUAUUUUUUUAUUUUAUUUUUAAGCUCCCUGAUGGUUCGGAGAUUCCACUUCCCCCUAUUAUCCUGGGCAAAUUGGGUUCCGACCCUGGUAAGAAGACUGUCUGUGUAUAUGGACACCUUGAUGUCCAGCCAGCAGCUCUGGAGGAUGGGUGGGACAGUGAACCCUUUGUGUUGGAAGAAAGAGAUGGUAAGUCACGGGAGCUUUAUAAUAGGCAAGGUGUGUUUUUCCUGAUACUGCCAACAAAAGAUUAUCCAUGCUUUGUUUUUCUUUAUACUUAUGCUACUAUAAGUAAUACUGAAUUGAAAAACAUAUAAACUAUACUUUCUUUGUUCCUUUUUUAGACUUGUGUAAAUAAAGUUAUACUUUAUAAUACACCAAUGAUUUUAUGUAAACAAAAAAAGAAAAAUCAGCAUUUGGCAGUAUUGAUUUAGAAAUAAAAUACACCAUAUUAAGGUGGAUGUGUUCUGAUUCCUUCCACUUCUCCUCUGUCUACCUUGGAACACUGCAAACACUAUAAAAAUUACAGCUCCUUGUAGUGGUCAUGGUGCCAUAACUGCCGUUAUCCCAUGAAAACUUAGCUAGGUCUCUAAAAUCGGUCCUAUUUUGCUCUAUAAAAACAUAGGACUUCUGCUGGAGAAGAGCAGAUUCAUUGCAGGGUCCUGGUAAGUUUCCAAACUAUUUUAGCAGUUUGAUAAUUUACUUUGGGAUGGUUCCAGGGCACUCCUGACACCAUAACCUUUACAGCAGACUUAAAUCGUUCUGGUGCUUUGACUGUUCCUUUAAAACUGUUUGAAAAGUCACUGCUUUUGUCUACGCAUGUUCAAGUGAAGCUGUUAUCUGCACACCAUAUAGAUGACGAGUUCACAUUCAGGUAGGUGUAGAUUCGUUCUAAACAUUACAUACAUGGUCAUUUUACUGAAAUCUGAAUUUUAGCUUAUUUAAAUAUGAUUUUUAAAACACAGGCUGGAAUAGCCAAGAUGUGUCUGGAGCUGAGUUUGAGAAUGUUUAAUUAUUAUGGCAAUUGGCAUUUCUAUAGCGCCAACUUAUUGCGCAGCACUUUACAAUAUUAUAGAGGGGGAAAUUAAGAUGUUACAGGAACAAAAGCUUGAGGAGGACCCUGUUAGUUUCAUUAUGCACAUGUGAAAGGUACAAUUAUUUCUGGAAAUCCACUUUGUUAUGCUUUCAUAAUACUGAAAUUUGUUUUAGUGUCUUUUUUUUUUUAUUUCUUUUUAUUAUUAUUUCUGACUGCAUAGUUAAAGUAACAAGGUUGCUUAGCACUCCUGUUUUAUUGUUACUUGUCAGCAACAUUUUCCAUUCAAGUCAAUGCAUGUUCCAAAGUCCUGGCGUAAGUGUUUAUUGCUCAGCCAGCAAAACUAAACUUGAAGUCCAGAUACUGCCAUUUAUUCAGUGCUUACACCUUGCAGACGAAUGUGAGAUUAUUAGGCUACAUGUCCACCGUAAAAAACACAGUCCACUGUUUGUGGGUGUAAGAAAAGUGGGGAUAUGUGUACAUGGAGGAGAUGAUUAAAUGAUGAUCUUGAUGUAGGACACAAUUAUCUGGAUAGGCAACUGCACAAGAUGAGGGUGAAAGAGUGAAGUGGGUAAAUGUGAAAUGCUUAGAAUAUACAUGUUUGGCUGACUUUAGUCAGUCACAGGUUAUCAUUCUUCAGCUGACUUUGCAGGCUUUAGAGGAAGUGGUACUAAGCCGCAGGCACUGACAGAGUUUGUCAUGUAAAGCACUUCUUGUAUUUGUAAAUUGUCAUGUGUUUUAAGAGUGACAAACAUCCUCACAGAGGGUUUCUGGAUACUCACUGGCUCUUUUUGUCACAAAUUCUGUGACGCCAAAAUUAUUUUGUGUAUAUAUGGGGCCCAGGCUACAUGUAACGUACUAGAUGUUUAAAAUGGCGUCAUGAAAAAAGUACUUUAACAGUUUGUACAAUCUAAUUUUAUUUAAGUAUUGCUUUGUUUUAUUCAGUAUUCAUUGGUGAUACAUUUUAUAAAUGCAGCAUAUAAAUAAGGCAUUAAAAUGGACCUAUCAUGCAACAUACCAGCUAGCUUUAAAUCAAAGGCAUACAAUUCCAUCUGUACAUUGUGUUAACAACAAUAGCUAGAAAAACAUAAUCCCUCACCCAUCUGUCAAUCAGUCGAGAGGACAGGAGAACCCUCCUUGAGUCUGUUCUCCUGCUCUUCAUAACAUAUUCGUUACUGUGCUUCCAGGAUUAACAUAAGAAUUAUGUCACAGUGUUCUGCUCCCAAUGUACUGGUAGUGAAGCUCAAAUGCUGGCAUCCUUAGGAGGAUUGCCCUGCUUGGGGAAGUGUCACCAAAUUGGGCCACUCGCAUUACGUUACAUAGUGACAGGAUUAAAAGGUGGAUGUUACAGUCAAACCCACAGACGUGAGGAUGGCAGCACUGGAACAAUGGACAGCGGCUAUUUACAUAUAAUAUAGCCUCAUAAAGAUACGUGAUAUAUUUGUUUUUGUGAAGUUUAACUUUUUUAUGACUGGUUCACUUUAGUUAUGUUGGUACUCAGUGUGUCACCUUAGGUCAAGGACGUAAACUAAGCAGUAUUUGAAACUGCAAUGAAAAAAUUAAAGGACCACUUAAUGAAGUGGUCUGGGUGCCUGGUCCAGCUAGGUUUAACCCUUUUUUCUAUAAACAUAGCAGUUUCAAAGAAAUAUUAGGGUUAAUCCAGCCUCUAGUGGCUGUCUCGUUGACAGCCGCUAGAGGCGCUUGCGUGCUUCUCACUGUGAAAAUCACAGUGAGAAGACACCAGCAUCCAUAGGAAAGCAUUGUGAAUGCUUUCCUAUGAGACUGGCUGAAUGCGCGUGGCUCUUGCCGCGCAUGCGCAUUCAGGAGAGGAGGAGGAGGAGAAGAUUUUUGGUUGUAGAUAUAUAUAUAUUUUGGUUUAGUCAGCCACACCAAUAAAUAUGGUUUUCUGUAAUCCUAUAAUUCUGGAUGUAGCAUGCAGGGGUGUCAAAUUUGUGUGGUGUAAUGCCCAGAAUUUUAGUUCUGCUACAGGGAGGACAGGGCUAGUCAAGGCGUGUUCUGAGAUUGCAGACCACAGUAAUUGCUCAAUAAUGAGUCCGUAUAGGAUGCGUUUUAUAGCGGCUGCUUUUUGACUCCCGGAUUGCCCAUGAGGGAGUGGUUACUAUGGUUUCUGCAUGCCGGUGGUGCAGGUCACUUGCUACUUCACCAGGGACCAUGGUCCCCUCUCUGCAGGAAGGUAGCAAAAUAGAGUACUUACAUAUUACACACAUCAUUGCCAGCAGACAUCACACAUACCUCAGCCAGCACACAUCCAGGGCACACCAUACACAUAGCCAGCGCCCAACACACACACACACACACACACACACACACGAAACAUUACACACACACACACACACACACACACGAAACAUUACACACAGCUGGUGCACACCACACACAUGAUAUGGAGGACACUAUGUCAUUUGGAAAAGUAGACCCUUUUUUACAAUUAAUUGUCAUGGGUCACAGAUUACAAGAACCAACAUGUAUGAAUACAUGUGGUGUCUGUAUAGAUUCCCAUGAAAAUUAAUUUCUUUGUAUAUUUGUUUUACUAAAAUAAUUUUAAAUAAAUAAGACCUAGAAAGGAACAUAAUGAUGUUGCAUAAUAUAUAAUUUUAUUUUCAUAUUUUUGUGUGGGAGAGGUAGGCCACUUUCAGAUAGAACAUUGACAUGAUUGCAAUUGUAUGUGUGCUUAUAAAUUGCAGCCAUAAAUAGCUGUAGAUCUUUGUGAGUUAGCCAUCAAGCCAUUUGUAUUUGCUGAGAAUGUAAAAUAAAACCUCUUUCUCACGCUCCUUCAGGUAGCUUGUGGGCUAAUCUGGUUUCUGAUAAUGGCUUCUACUGAUGAACUGUUGGAUUCUACUGUUAUCUUAAGCACAAAAUAAUUCUGUCAAAGACUUGUUGAUUUAGCAAUCUAUCACAUAUUAAGAAGAUUAUCUGUCUCAGUGCUGAAGGUUGCUGUAUUGUGCUGAAGUUGAACUCUUGAGGCUGUAAUCAAGCAAGGCCAUGCCUGAUAUUUGCAGCCACAUCUUACUCCUGACAAUAAUACAUUGUCAAUAGAACUUGCAUUGCUGUCUGUUCUCUCUGAAAACACAACAGACCCCCUAGUAAUUUUCUAAGCAAUAGUUAUUAAUGCAGCUCUGUUCAUAGUUCACUCAUGCAGGAUGGCACCUGUUUAAAUACCUGGUUUUAGGGUGUUUAAUGUUUCUAUGCAUCUAAAACAUUGCAGUUGAAGUAGUGCGUUUUAAAUGCCAAGCGUCAGUGGAGAGAGAAGCUGGAAUGAUGUUGUUGCAUCACUGUUAAUAAUGCGGAUGAUUUAAAUGCUACCACUAUGGAUAAGGGUAGGUUUGAUGAUAUUUAGGUUUAGUUUAGAAAUGGGGCAGAUUUAGGUUGGGUAAAGUCUUUAAAGAUUCUCUGGAUUGUUGCGUCUGAUUCUCUGCCAGGAAAUGCCUUUUAAUUCUAACUCUCUCCUCAUCCUAAACCACCCUUAAUCUCUCAGUACGGACGGAUCAUUCUAACCAGCACUAUAAUGACACUGCGAUAUUUUUAGUGUAACAUUAUAAUAUCAUCAUAAUAACUAUAACAUUUGUAAAGUCAACUUUUUUAAAGUGAAUUUUGCAUUGCAGCAUUAUGUUUGUAGUUCUUUGUAUAAUGUGAGGUUUGUAAAGCAAAACUCUAUAAUAUCAAGCCCAGCAUAUAAAUAAAGAUCUGCAUAUAUACCUCAUCACAUUUUUGCAUUCUUACUGCCCUUUUAUUUUUCUUCAUUUACUCCUUCUUAAUCGCAAACAAUCCACGCACUCUUAUAUUUUCUUCAGCCCCUUUCUCUAUUUUUCCCCAAAAAACUAGGAGGCUAGCAAAAGCGUCACUAAGCCCACCUACCUUCUUACCAGUGUUUCAUAAAAGUUGCAUGUUUGUUGUUGGAUUAUGUAUUUUUUAUUUAUUUUAUUUUUAUAUCUGUUAUGUAUUUUCUAUUUUCCUAGGCAAACUGUAUGGGAGAGGAUCUACAGAUGACAAAGGUCCUGUGCUUGCAUGGCUAAAUUGUAUAGAGGCUUAUCAAAAAACUAACCAGGUAAACCUGCAAUCUGAUAUGUGGUUGUUAAACAGUUACAAGAAUUGCCUUGUUCCACGCAUGUAUCUCUUAUGGCUUGCUGAACUGGAUUACCAUGAAUUCAAAGGGUAAUCGUAGGAUCAUAGGUCACCUCUCUGUGCCAAAGUUUUAAAUCAAAGGUCCAUGCGAGAUUACAGCAUAUAUUUUUUAAAAAAGAAAUAGACUCGUAAUGCUAAAUGUGUUCUAAAUAAUAUUGAUAACUAGGUCAACUUGAGAUUGAUAUAAAAAAACAAAUCUACACACUCUGCUGGCAAAUGUUCAAACCAAAACAUGCUUACUUGAAACGUUACUUCUACCCCCUUUUUAAAGAUUGAUGAAUUUUUAGAUAUGAGUUCAGUCACUCGCAGGACUGACACAGCAGUUCAAAAACUAAAAUGUGUAUCUAACUUUAAAUAAAGGCUCUCAUUAGAAAUUUUCCUUUGCAUUCACACAUCCAAAGCAUGCUGUUUUAAAUAAUCAUUUUAUGAGUGUUGUAAAACAAGUUUUUAUUUUUAUUUUUUUGUAUAGUUAAAUGGCAUUGUCAUUAACUUAAAGGAACACUAUUGUCACCUUAAUUACUUUAGCUAAAUAAAGCUGUUUUAGUGUAUAGAUAAUUUCCCUGCAAUUUCACUGCUCAAUUCACUGUCAUUUAGGAGUUAAAUCACUUUGUUUCUGUUUAUGCAGCCCUAGCAGGGCCGGCCUUAGAGGUGUGCGAGCUGUGCGACCGCACAGGGCGCCAUGGAACAGGGGGCGCCCUGUGGCCGACACAGCUCACUCAUGGCCGGAGUGCAGGGGAGCUAAAAGAGGUACCUGGCUGGAGGAUUAAUUGUUCUCCACCCAGGUCUAUUUAAAAAAAAAAAAAUCGCGGCAGAGGGGGCGGGGUUUACCGAGCGGCGGAGGCGGGGCUUAUCGAGAGGCGGAGACGGGCUAAUACCUCCCGAAGCCCCUGCUGUACAGGAAGAGGGAAAGAUGCUUCCCCAUCAGCCAACUGCAUCCACUGGAAAGAGGUAAGUGUGUGUGUGUGACUGUUUGCCUGUUUGUGUGACUGUCUGUCUGUGUGUGUGUGUGACUGUCUGUCUGUGUGACUGCCUGUCCUGUGUGUGUGUGUGUGUGUGACUGUCUGUCUCUGUGUGUGUGUGUGACUGUCUCUGUGUGUGACUGCCUGCCUGUGUGUGACUGUCUGUCUGUGUGACUGCCCAUGUAUGUGACUGCCCAUGUAUGUGACUGCCCAUGUAUGUGACUGCCUGUGUGUGUGACUGUCUGUCUGUGUGACUGUCUGUCUGUGUGACUGUCUGUCUGUGUGACUGCCUGUGUGUGUGACUGCCUGUGUGUGUGACUGCCUGUAUGUGACUGCCUGCCUGCCUGUGUGUGUCUGUCUGUAACUAUCUGUCUGUGUGUGACUGCCUGCCUGUGUGUGUGACUUUCUAUCUGUGUGACUGCCUGCCUGUGUGUGUAUAACUGUCUAUGUGUGUGUUACUGUGUGUCUGUCUGUGUGUGUGACUGCCUAUGUGACUGUCUGUCUGUGUGUGUCGCUGUAGCUGUGCCAUUGUUUGUGCCUGUGCCUGUAUGUGUGACUGCCUUUAACUGAGUGUGUGUGUACAUGCCUGUAACCGAGUUUAAAUUUCCCCCACCCCUUCCUGUCAAGGCCGCACUUUGACUGACAGACGCUCACUCACUGACAGACGCACACUCACUGACGACACAUACACACUCACUGACGACACAUACACACUCACUGACUGACACAUACACACUCACUGACUGACACAUAUACACUCACUGACCAACGCACACAUUCACUCACAGACACACACACAUUCACUUACAGACACACACAAUUACACACUUACAGACACACACACACACACACACAUUCACUUCAAAAUAAACACUCACAGACACACACACAGACAUUUCCACUAACACUCACAAACUAAUAUUUUUUACAUUUAUUUUAAAUCCACCCAGCCUCCCUGGGAAAGCUGGAGUGGAUUUCUUACCAGCAGUCCAGUGUGGCUGCUGGGCAGGCAGGCAGGGGGCGCACAGGCUGAGUAAGCAGCGCUUAGUGAUGCCGGGAGCCGGACUGACGUCAUAUUCUGGCUCCCGGCUUCAUUAAGCGGCGCAGAGGAAGCUGAGCAGGAAGAGCUCAGGUGAGUAUGCUCCUUCGCUGCCCGCUGCCAGCCUUGGGGGGGCUCAAAAGUGGCCAGCCGGUCAGCUCUUGAGCCCCCCAGGAUGCGAGGCAAGCAAGGGAUCUGCCUGGGGGUUUGGAGGGAUGCUUUUUUUUGCCGCCCCCUGCAAAGUGGCGCCCAAGGCAGAUGCCUUGUUUGCCUCGUGAUACACACGUCCCCGGUGCCUGUGUGUGUUACUGUAUUCAGGCAACUUGGUGGGAGGUGGGGGGGGCGCCGUGAAGACUUUUUGCACAGGGCGCCUAAUUGCCUAAGGCCGGCCCUGAGCCCUAGCCACACCUCUCCUGGCUAUGAUUGACAGAGCCUUCAUGAAAAAAAAAAAAAACUGGUUUCACUUUCAAACAGAUGUAAUUUACCUUAAAUAAUUUUAUCUCAAUCUCUAAAUUGAACUUUAAUCACAUACAGGAGGCUCUUGCAGGGUCUAGCAAGCUAUUAACAUAGCAGGGGAUAGGAAAAUCUUAAUUAAACAGAACUUGCAAUAAAGAAAGCCUAAAUAGGGCUCUCUUUACAGGAAGUGUUUAUGGAAGGCUGUGCAAGUCACAUGCAGGGAGGUGUGACUAGGGUUCAUAAAAAAAGGGAUUUAACUCCUAAAUGGCAGAGGAUUGAGCAGUGAGGCUGCAGGGGCAUGUUCUAUACACCAAAACCGCUUCAUUAAGCUAAAGUUGUUCAAAUGACUAUAGUGUCCCUUUAACAUGCAUUGCUGUUACCUUUAGUACAUAUCUUAUGGAUAUUUGCCCUGCUUAUACAUUUUGCACAACAUAAAUUGAUAAUUACUACUUUUGGAUUCCUGAAAAUGUCCCAUGGCCUUUUCUGGACUGUUUUGUGUUUUAAAGAAGCAAACCAUCCAAUAAUAUUUUCAUGUCAGUACAGUAUAAACCUUUAGAUCACUUAAGCUUCAGUGCUCUCUAGUCACACAUACAUCAAUAAAUUAUGUUAAUAAAGAACUGUAUGAGCUGAGUUAAAAUGGUUGAAGAUAUAAUGGUUAACACUUGAUAGUUCAUGGAAUGUUUUUACAAAAACUUCCUCUGGAGACUUCUUUAUUCUCAUACUUGAUUAAAUAUGGCUGUGCAUAUCACAAAUAACUAUGUGCACCAAAAACCAUGAUCACUCUACUAAAAGCUGGCUAAGGAUAGUGGAUGUGGAAAACCAACAACCAUUAAAGGACCACUAUAGUGCCAGGAAAACAUACUCGUUUUCCUGGCACUAUAGUGCCCUGAGGGAGCCCCCACCCUCAGGGUCCCCCUCCCGCCCGGCUCUGGAAGGGGGAAAGGGGUAAAAACUUACCUUUUUCAAGCGCUGAGCGGAGAGCUCUCCUCCUUCUCUCCUCCUCCGUUCCACCCCGCCGGCUGAAUGCGCAUGCGUGGCAAGAGUGCGCGCGCAUUCAGCCAAGCAUUCUGUAGAUGCUUGCAUGGCGCAAUCACGAAGUGAGAAAGCCACGUCAGGACAGCCACUAGAGGAUUAGGGGGAAGGCUUAACCCAUUAAUAAACAUGGCAGUUUCUCUGAAACUGCUAUGUUUAUAAAAAAAUGGGUUAACCCUAGAAGGACCUGGCACCCAGACCACUUCAUUAAGCUGAAGUGGUCUGGGUGCCUAGAGUGGUCCUUUAAAGGACAUCUAUUGCUAAUCUAUGUGAUAGCUUCCGUUUUAAAGGACCACUCUAGGCACCCAGCUUAAUGAAGUGGUCUGGGUGCCAGGUCCAGCUAGGGUUAACCCAUUUUUUUAUAAGCAUAGCAGUUUCAGAGAAACUGCUAUGUUUAUUAAUGGGUUAAGCCUUCCCCCUAAUCCUCUAGUGGCUGUCUCAUUGACAGACGCUAGAGGAGCUUGCGUGCUUCUCACUGUGAAAAUUACAGUGAGAAAACGCCAGCGUCCAUAGGAAAGCAUUGUGAAUGCUUUCCUAUGGACUGGCUGAAUGCGCGCGCAGCUCCUGCCGCACAUGCGCAUUCAGCCGAAGAGGAGGAGGAGAGCUCCCCGCCCGGCGCUGGAGAAAGAGGUAAGUUUAACCCCCUUCCUCUCCCCAGAGCCCAGCGGGAGGGGGACCCUGAGGGUGGGGGCACCCUCAGGGCACUAUAGUGCCAGGGAAAAUGAGUGUUUUCCUGGCACUAUAGUGGUCCUUUAACAACCAGAUACUAAUAACCCACAUGCUGCCACAUUACAAUGCCACUCAUCCCUUGCCAUCUGAUGGUUUGUCUGUAGCAGAGAGGUUUGCUCUGCUUGCUGUAUCUUUAAUUUGAAAGAUUACUCCUUGAAUCAUCCUGAUGGAGAAGCUGAUAACACAAUUAGCAUAUCAAUUUGAAGAAUCUCUGUCUCGUGCAUCAUUUACAGUUUUUUCUUAUAAUCAUUUGCUAGGAACCAAAUGAUUCCUCACUCUUAAUGACCUUUGUAUUUGUCAACUGAUUUAUUCAGUCUGUGAAUAAAAUCAAAACAAAGAGGACGGACCACGUCCCGUCUCACUCCCCUCCAAUGUGGUGAAUAGAAAGUAUUUUCUGUUUAUUAUUUAGAUGUCGGUUUGUCACAGAUCUGAACGUUCAUUUGUUAUCUACUACUCCCAUUGUGGUCAUCCAGCAUUUGCAACUGAAGUUAAACAGUAGCUAAACCUGACACAAGUCACAAGGCUUGACAGGAACUAUAGCUCCUCUAUUGACUAUAGAAAGCCGUGCAGUAUAGAGUGUGAAACAUGUUGCCUUUGCUGUUGAUAAUUUGAAUAUAUGUCUCUGUGUAUUGUGUUUUUUCUUUGUAAUUUGUUUCCUUAAUGAGUGUUUUCUGUAUUUAUAGGAGAUUCCAGUCAACCUUAAGUUCUGUUUUGAAGGAAUGGAGGAGUCUGGGUCCGAAGGCUUGGAUGACCUGAUUUUUGCCAAAAAGGAUACCUUCUUCAAAGAUGUAGACUAUGUUUGCAUUUCUGAUAACUAUUGGCUGGGCAAAAACAAGCCCUGUAUUACAUAUGGCCUCCGCGGGAUCUGCUAUUUUUUUAUUGAGGUAUAUCCUGAACAAGAAAUCUAGAUUUUCCCACACAUUUCAUUGUUUUGUGUGUGCGUGCGUGUGUGUGUGUGUGUUUUUUUUUUUUUGUUUUUUUUUUUUUAAAUUGAAACUGACUGUACACUAUGAGAAACUAUAUCUUCUUGAAAUGUAGCAAGCAUCUCUGACGCAUGAAGCCUCCAAACAUGUGCCUUCAUCUGUGUAGUCAAUUUGUAGUUCCUAGUCCAUUUCCUGUUUAUUUCCCCCCUAGUAUUUUUUUCUAAAUAAAAUGUUUUGAAGGGUGUGUAGUCCAGCUUACAACGCUUUCAAACUAAAUAUAAUUGUAGUUUUUGUUUUUUUUAAAUUAUGUUAAAGCCCAAAAUAUGUUGGUUUGAAAGAUGUGAUUUUCAUUUUACACAAAUGUAUCAAUAUAUAUUUAGUGUGCAUAAAGUACUUUUGUUAAGAAUUUAUGGUGAGAUUUGUAAAAAAAAAAACAUAUUUGUAAUAUUCCAGAAAACACAUAUUAAAUUACACUUCUGACAAUUUUUAAUAUAAGACGAAAGGAAGGAAAUGUGAUAUGUCUGAAAUUUAAGUUGACCCUCACUUGUUAGAGUAGACUAGAUAAGUCAAAGGGCAUUGCACAUUGAAAAAGAGUUUUUGUAUACCUGAAACGUCUACCCUAAAUUAAAAUUUAGCACUUGGGUGCAUUGCAAGAUUCUGUUAGCGCUUGUUCCGUUCCUUUAUUGUUUAUGCGAAUUCUACUAACAGUGCUUGGUUUUUUUCAACUAAGCUGCACAGACAUUUAUCUACUACUAUACAUCAGCAGAAAUCUUAAAUAUUCAUUUUUGAUACUGCAGUAUUUUUUUAUUUUUUUUAAUUAUAUAUAGAAUUUUGUGUAGUUAUUAUUAAUAUCCUGAAUAUUAGUACAUUUUGAAGUUUAUAAGCCUGACUUUUUAUUUAUUUUUUAAAUCUUAUUUUCAAUCCAUGUUAGGUGGAAUGCAGCAGUAAAGAUCUUCAUUCAGGAGUAUAUGGAGGUUCUGUUCAUGAAGCCAUGACAGACCUUAUUGCACUAAUGGGUAAGAAUACAUGUAGUAUUUUCUUUGAAGUACUUUCUAGUGUGGUGUGUGUGAGUUUUAUUUAUUUAUUUAUUUAUUUAUAUAUAUAUAUAUAUAUAUAAUCUCAUUUCUCACAAGCUACCAAUUUUGAGAUGGUAAUUCACUAAAUGUAUGUAUAUUAAGACUCAGGCUUUUGUUCAUACAAGAAAAGCUAAUCUCUCAACAGCUCACUCACUACCAGACCCAGAACCAGAACAUUGCAUCACCAGUAUUUUGGUGUUCUCAAAUUCAAGACCCCAUAUGAUCAGGCAUUGUAGCACCAUAGUAAAAAUACAUUGUGGCAUAACUUAAAAUUAAGUUAUAGAGAGAAGACUGGUAUCCGUCUUUACUUUAGCUGAGCCAUUGAUUUUUGACUGAUCCAUUUUAUUAAUAGACUCCAUAAAUUUAUAAGAAGCAACUGUAAUAUUGUGGUACUCCAUCCAUAUUGUAGUCCAAUGGAAGGGUUGUUGUUGUUAGGGGGCAAAAACCAGAGGCUUCAGCCCAAGAUUAGAUUUUAUGGCCCCUCCUACUUAUAUUGACUUAAACCCCUUCUAAAACUUUAUACAGUGCGCUAAAUCCAACCCUAAGCUUUAAUAUGUUUUUUUUAUAAAUCAGCUGCGGUAUUAACCCUUUUUAACACUGCAUUAAACCCCUGCAUCCACACUGUGAUGUAUAAUUAACUUUAAAUGUGGUGCAUUAAAGUGGCACUUUCAUGAAUUUAUGUAAUUUGGAAGUGUUAUUUCUCUUUAAGAAUUACCUAACAAUGAAAUGGUGCCUAUAUUAGACCUGUGGAUAUUCAGGUCCCCAUCUGGGCUUCCAGCCCUGCUUAGCUGCACCACUAACCUGUGGUUCCAAAAAUGGUCCAAUGCUCAGAGUUUAUCUAACUUCGCACGCAAUCAAAUUAUGAUACCGAUAGAAAACUAGAAAAAAUAAAAAUAAAAAAUGCAAUGGGCAUAAACUACUUCUCUGCCAGACAGCAUUCUCUGUGCAAGGGAAGUGUCCUUUACACUUCUUGAAAAUAUAUACCAGUAUAUUAUACACACAUUACAUGUUGAAGGAUACAAAGGUAUAGUGUUUUCUAAUGUGUAAGUUUAUUGUUAAUAAAUAUAUAUAUGUGUGUGUGUGUGUAUGUAUAUGUAUGUGUAUAUAUAUAUUUAACUGAAUCUGUUGUAAUGUCAAAUGUCAGUAAAACAUAUCCACAAUUCAGCAUGUUUUCUGGAAAGCAAUGUAGUAAUUGUAAUGUGUAGGUUAAUGUUUGCAUGUGUGUUUUUUUUUUUUUUGCAUAGAAGUCAUUAAAGUAUAUAGUAGUAUAAAGUGUGUGUGUGUGUGUGUGUAUGUGUAUGUAUGUAUGUAUGUAUGUGUGUGUGUGUAUAUAUAUAUAUAUAUAUAUAUAUAUAUAUAUAUAUAUAUAUAUAUAUAUAUAUAUAUAUAUAUAUAUAUAUAUAUAUAUAAUAUAUAUAUUUAUUUAUGUAUUUUUUUUUCUCCUUGAAGGCAGUUUAAUUGACAAAAAAGGGAAAAUCCUUAUUCCGGGAAUAAAUCAAGCUGUAGCACCAGUUACAAAAGAAGAAAAGAAAAUCUAUGAUGCCAUUGACUUUGAUCUCGAGGACUUUGCAAAUGACAUUGGUGCAAACAAACUUCUACAUGGUGCCAAGGUACCAAGCUAUGCAAAUAGUGCAAGAUUCUGGGCAAUGUGUGUCUUGAUAAAUAUUGUUCCUCCCACUUGACACAUUUUCACUCACUUUGGGUGAAAGUUCUGCUCCCAGAUUAAUUUCCAAGUAUGAAACUGCAAUGUUUUUUUUGUUUUGUUUUGUUUUCAUUUUCCCAUUGUGAAUUUAACCAAACAAGAAAAACCUUGAGACAGUGCAACAGAAUGGCACAUGUAAUAUCAACGUGUAAUUUAUAUAAUAAUAAUAAUAAUAAUAUGAGCAGUACCAGACCAUAGAACCCCACGUCUUAUUGAAUGGGAAUUACUUUCUGGAUUAUCAUGUUUUAUGCUAUUUAAUUUGUGUGUCUUUCUGCAGCAUGAAAUACUGAUGCACCGGUGGAGAUUUCCAUCUCUUUCUCUCCAUGGAAUUGAGGGGGCUUUCUCUGCAGGAGGAGCUAAAACGGUCAUACCACGGAAAGUCAUCGGAAAGUUUUCUAUAAGAUUAGUUCCAGAUAUGAAUCCAGAUGACGUGAAGACACAGGUGGGAUAGAGAAAUAGCUUUGUAUUAACACUGCUUUCUGUCUAUGUCUGCCUAAUUGUUCUCCUUUAAAUGUGUCUAUACUCCAGUCAUGUCCAAUUCUCAGACUACCGUGGAGAUAAAGAAGCCCAACUAACAAAAUAAGUGAGACUUAUUACUUUUGGUGUGACUAGAAUCAAUGAAUACACCUCCAGGGAGGCCAGUGGCUACCACUGACCUGUGAUCAGGCAGCUUAACCUAUCACUAGGAGAAUUAGAAAACGGAUAACCAUAUGUAUAUAUACAGAACAUAAGAAAGCCAGAUACAUAUGAAUAACGUGUAACAAGUAUAUUGUCUCUGUGAAUAAACGGAUUGUCUAUCCCUUCAUUUCUAAUUAUUCCUGGACAUUUUGCAUGAAGCCAGAGAAGCUGGUGUGUUUUUGUUUUGUUUUUGUUUUUUCUGUUUGUUUUGUUCUUUAUACAAUUCUGUUGGAUGGAAGCACGUCUUAUUAAUCUGCAUUACAAAAACAAUAACUUUAGAUUUUCUCAUGCAGGUUGAAGACUACUUAACAAAAAAAUUCAAAGAGCUGGACAGUCCAAACAAGUUCAAAGUGACAAUGGGCCAUGGCGGUAAACCUUGGGUGUCUGACUUUAAUCAUCCUCACUACCUUGCUGGAAGGAAAGCCAUGAAAGCUGGUGAAUAUUUAUUUUAUUUACAUUCAGUACAUAAUUUUGGCAUACUAAAUAAUUUUCUUUGUAUGUUUUUCCCAGAUUGUUUUGAUUGGUUUGAGGCAAUUCUUGAAGUGUGAUAAAAUUAACAUUAAAAUAAUUGUAAUUCUUCCCAAUGUCAAAGGGGUCUCCACUCUGAAAAGGAAUGCUGAUAAAGCAAUCUAUUUAUCGCCACACUAGGCUCUGAUGAAUAUGAUGUACCUUUUCCUUUAAAUGGUGAUAGAUAUAGGUAUGGAGACAGGGGUUAUAUUUGGUAGAUUGAUAUUUAUUUAUUUUGUCCGUGUAUUCUUGUGAAUACGAGAAUUAGUCAGACAAGACGAAACUUCAUCUUCAGUAUUGCACUUAUUGAAAUAAUUGAUUGAUUGUUGCAGUUAGCAGCAGAUUGCAUAGGAUACAUGAACAGUCUUGGCAAAAUCCUGACUAACACAAAAUCCGCUAUCUUGUAUUCCUUUUUCAUGGUUAUAUAAGUAUUUUUUGUGUGGCAUGCAUCACAAUAAAUGUACUCUUAUAGACAACAGAUCUACAGUUCCAUUGUGUUGAUAGUGAAAUGUACUGGUAAACCGCUCCCUUUACAUCCACUGUCUUACCAAACUUAAAAGUUUCUUGAAUGAUUUUCUAGAUUCCUUGGAAAUUUAUUAUAACAUCUACUUCUUUUCAAGGUCAAUGUAAAAUUGAGAUUGUUAAACAAAAUGGUUGCCUAACGGGUUACUCCAAGCACCAUGGCCACUUAAGUGAUUUGAUGUGUUCCUGGUGACUGGAGUAUGUGCACAGUUUCGGUUUGAAACACAGAUUAACCUCUUCACUGUGAAAGGUGUAACUCCACUUCCAUUGCCGUCAGCCUGCCUAGAACAAGCAUUCAUGCUGGCUAAUGUCAAUUCUUUACACAAUUAGCCAGGCAGCCCAUGGCGGCUCAGCCCACUCACCUUUGUGUCGCCCCUGUCUUGCCCUCAAUCCUUCCUCCCUCUCUUGAAGUGGAGUAACUUCAUCUAAGUAGUGUUCGGCUGAGGGAGAACUUGAAAAAGAGGCAAGUCCUCUUAAAUGUUCUGUAUUUCAUUCAACAUAUGUUUAUUAUUAUUAUUUAUAUAGCGCUUUACACUAUUUUAAGAGGGGGAAUUUAACUAUAAAAAGGGCAAUUACAAGAAAACUUACAGGAACGAUAGGUUGAAGAGGACCCUGCUCAAAUGAGCUUACAGUCUAUAGGAGGUGGGGUGUUCAACACAGUAGGACAGGAAAUAACAAUCAAAGUGGGAGUGAAGCAGAGCUGGAGGAGAGAGCAAGAGACAGGUAUGUGAUGUAGAGGUUGCCUCACAUAAAAGGAUAUGAUAAGUCCAAAGGAAGGUUGAUUUGAUUUAUAUAGGAAGAGUAUAUGUGGUUAUAUUGUGCUUCACAUUUAACCACAAAUGUCUGAACACUCCCUCAUAAUGCGCUAGGCAUGCUGGCAUUGUAGCUUUGGGAGGUUUACUUUGCUGUAACGGUUCUAUUAAAGCAAUCCUGCUAGGCUUCAAGCCAGACCUCCCGGGACUUUGGGAGUUACUUCCAAUUGCCAGGCUGCCUUAGACAAAUAACCUCUGAUUUUGUUAGAUAUGUCGCAGACAUCAGUCACGCACCCUCUGUCUCCUUAGAUAAGAUCCAUGCAGACCGUAUCUACAGUUCAUUGACAAACCUGCUAGAAAAUCAAAUAUACAAAGUAUGCAGAAAUAAAAAUGGCACAAAUGGUUACGGUUUCUCUUUAGCAGUUUGUCAAAUGUUCAUAAUUUGCUGUUCAUGAGUAAACCUUAUUGUUUCUAUACAGAUUUGGGAUUGAUUGAUAAACAAAACAUAAUCCCCCUUAAUCACUUGGAUACUAAUAUUCUACAGCAAGUGAAAUAGUGGAGCAAUAAUGUGUACCAAACAUAGUGAAAUUAACCACACACAACCUUUACUUUAAACAAAGAUUAUACCGGCCUUGUAAUUUGUGUCUCUAUGUCAAUCUUUUCAUAUAAGAAACGUACAUAGUCUUUCUGCCAAUAAUGGACACAUUUGUUGUAUAUAACACACCAAUUUCAACUUUAGAACUUCAUUCUAUGAAUUCGGUUUUGUGAACUUGGUAUUGUGCAUUUACAAAACGUAUAAGUCAAAGUUGAGAAAUAGUUUGCUUCAGUACUUCACUAAUUGAAGAAUAUCAUGUAAAUAUUGUCUAUAGUCCCCCACCAGGGACUGAAUGAAUAGUGUAAUGCAAACGCAUUCUGAUACUUCUCCAUAUACUUAUGGGAAUGUACAUUUAAUGAUCGAAAGAGUCCUUUUUCUUUUCUCUCCCUCCCCCUUAUUUGCUUUCCAUAAAACAAUUGUAUAGCAUUUAUUUCUUAGUGUGGCGAUCUCUACAUCAUUCAGUGAUGUAUUGGGGUUUAUAUGUAAUAAAUCUAUUCUGAAAAGUGGUGAAAAGGGGGCAGAGUCCCUCAUGAAAUGUGCCUGAUGGUUCCACUAGUUUCUAAAGUAACUGCCCCGCUUUUAGUACGAUAGACUACAACACUUUUUAUACAUAACUUAUUUUUAGAAUUCAAGGGACAGCUUAAGCAUUGAAAUCACAUCUUAAUGAAGUGAUUUUGUGGAAAACAUCUCAGAGUAAACUCCAACUAUAUAUAUAUAUUGUGUAUUAAUAUUGUUUUUGUAUUUUGUUGUACCUAAUGUAACAAUGCAAUGAUUUGUGGACCCAGGACCUACUUGAAAACGAGAGAAAUCUCAAUGUAUCUUUCCUGGUAAAAUAUUUUAUAAAUAAUAAAUAAUAAUAACUUUAAAAGGUGCUCAUUUGCAGAUGCAUAGAUUUUGUGAAUAUUCCCUCAUAAUGUGCUGAUCAUGCUAAUAGAAGUUGCGGGAAUAUAUUAUGUCAACUACUGAUUUCAGCCGCACCAUAGGUCAAACCCAUAUAUUGUUGUGACUAUGAACAUCCACACACAGAUCUGUGAGUUUUGUGCUCCUAAAAAGGCUGUUCACUUGUACUUGCCCUCCAUGCCAAAAAUGGUCCCCCUCUCUUUGGCAGUGUUCACAUAUUGCAGUUCCCAUGCCCCUAACGGCUAUAAGACAGCCAAAACAAGCUAUGUUUUGCGCUAAAAUAGAUUCCAUCAUACAUUUUGCAUUCUUAGUCAGCGUGCAGAGUUUGGAGAUGCUGUGUGUUUGUCCAAUGAUUCUCAUCUCGUGUCACUAGCACAACGAAUCACCUUCAUAAUAUGGUGACUUUUCCACACAAAAAAAUCAAAAACUGAACAUGUCAUAUGUAGGUCUCACUCUGUAUUCAGAAUGGGAAGAUUUAGUAUUUUAAUAAAUAUUUAAAUGGUAACCGACAUUUUCUAUGAUCCGUAUCUGCUUCUCUAAUUCUGUUACAUUGUGUUUCCAUACAGGACAUUUUCAGUAGCAUUAUUUCUACAGGAAUGUUUUCGGAGAACUCACAAUCUGCCUUUCUGUUUUUAAUAGUGUUUAAUGUAGAACCUGAUCUAACCAGAGAGGGUGGAAGCAUUCCUGUAACACUCACUUUCCAAGAGGCCACUGGCAAGAAUGUUAUGCUUCUGCCUGUGGGUUCUGCCGAUGACGGGGCACACUCUCAAAAUGAAAAACUUAACCGGUAAGACUCUGCGUUUUUUGUUUGUUUAAUUCCUGCUGUGAUACAAUAGAGUAUGCUAUACUGGAACUGUACUUGGGAUUGUCUGUCUGUAUGCUUCAACAAAUACACACAGUGCCGAGAUUGGAGGUUACCUUAUCUGCAAACACACAGUGCUGGUUAUUGUGGCACAUAUUGUCAGCAGACUUAGUGCUACUAUUAGAUGACACACGCAGUUCUGGUCUUUGGAAAUGAGCUUGGUUCCCAUGUUCAGUUCUUUGUAUGGGCAUAAUCUUAUUUUGUUAUUUUUGUUAAAUCGGGAAAAAUAACAAACAUUAGCCUCCAUUUAAUAUUACUAGAUAAGCUUUCCAAAUGAUUUGCAUAAACUUUUAAAAUUAUUAAUAUUAUGAAACAUAAUUUUGUAAUAUUUUGAUAUGAUAUAUAAUAAUGUUUUAUGUUGAAAAAAAUCACUUUAAAAGUUUAUUCAAUGUUAUUUGCUCCAGUUUCAAUAAGAGCAUUCCCAAAACAAAUUAAUAUAUUAUACACACUUAUCAGCCACAACAUUUAAACCACCUGCCUAAUCUCAUGUAGGUUCCACUCAGAUGCCAAAACAGCUCUGAUGCGUUGAGUCAGGGACACAACAAUACUUCUGAGCAUGGCCUAUGGUAUCUGGCACCAAGACACUAGCAGCAGAUCCUUUAAGUUCUGCAAGCUGCAAGGUGGGGUAUCCAUGGAUUGGAUUUGUUCCAGCACAUCCCACCAAUGCUCAAUCAGAUUGAGAUCUGGGCAAUUUGCAGGCCAUGACAACACCUUAAACUUAUGUUCCUCUGACCAUUUCUGAACAAUUUUUGCAGUAUGGCAGGGUGCAUUAUCCUGCCAAAAGAGGUCACUGCCAUCAAUGAACACAAUAGCCAUGAAGGGGUGUUUGUGGUCUGCAACAAUAUCUAGGUAGGUGAUUUGUGUCAAAGUAACAUACACAUGAAUGUCAGCACCCACGUUUUCCCAGCAGAACAUUGCCCAGAGCAUAACACUGUCUCUGCUGGCAUGCCUUCUUGCCGUAGUGCAUCAUACUGCCAUCUCAGGUAAAUGAUGCACGUCCAUUCGGACAUCCACCUGAUCUAAAAGAAAUAAAAAGAAAGGACAAUGACCGCAGGACUGGAGACAAUCCACUCCUGGAGUCAAAGAAGGACUAAAUGGGCAUCAUAGAAGGGGUUAACCCAACAAAAAACACUAAUAGAGAAGUACCCAAAGAUAAGGGUGUAUGGAGGGAAGAACAUCCCCUGGUUAAGCAAAGGUAAAUAAAAUAAAGAAUGAAUGAAAAAUAAAAAUAAAAAAUACUUUAUUGAAAAAUGAGAUUAGAUAAAAUACAAUGCAUGGGGUCCGGGAUGAGGGGAUGGACCAUAAUUCGUGAGAUUAUAAUGGUACAGAAAGGAGGCAGCCAGGCAGAUAUGAAUCGCUCUAAGGCGAUACUAUAAGCCAAUAGGUAAGUUUAUGUAUUCAAAGUAACAUGUUAUACCAGAGUAUCUAUAAUGUAACUUAUUUCUAAAGGCCUCUAUCGUUUUUUGUUUUUUUCUCUCUACUUAGAACAUAUAUUUCUGGUUCCAGUCUACCUUACUGUUAGUAGUCAGCAGUUUUCCCGCUCGAUUUUUCUACCAUUCCAUUAACGGAUUUAUAUGCUUGCUACAAACUCCAGGGAAUUACACCCCAUCUAUUCGGUAUUAUCCCCAUAAUAGGAGUUUGAUCACACUUUGUGCAGAUAUUUCCUGCUCACUAAGGAGCCUUUAGAAAUAAGUUACAUUAUAGAUACUCUGGUAUAACAUGUUACUUUGAAUACAUAAACUUACCUAUUGGCUUAUAGUAUCGCCUUAGAGCGAUUCAUAUCUGCCUGACUGCCUCCUUUCUGUACCAUUAUAAUCUCACGAAUUAUGGUCCAUCCCCUCAUCCCGGACCCCAUGCAUUGUAUUUUAUCUAAUCUCAUUUUUCAAUAAAGUAUUUUUUAUUUUUAUUUUUCAUUCAUUCUUUAUUUUAUUUACCUUUGCUUAACCAGGGGAUGUUAUAUAUAUAUACCCUCUUAGUGGGCAUACCCUUAGUUGAGUGUAUUGUGAGAGAUAGACGUUGGUUCUUCCCUCCAUACACCCUUAUCUUUGGGUACUUCUCUAUUAGUGAUCUAAAAGAAAACCUGAUUCAUCAGACCAGGCAAACUUCUUCCAUUGCUCCAUGGUCCAGUUCUGAUGCUCACAUUCUCAGUGUAGGUGCUUUCAGCGGUGGACAGGGGUUAUCAUUGGCACUCAGCCUGGUCUGCAGUUAACCAGCCUUAAACGGUGUUCUGACCUCUUUCUAUCAUGGCCAGCAUACAUAUUUCAUCUAUUUGAGCUACAGUAGCUUUUCUGUGUGAUCGAACCACAGGCUAGCCUUUGCUUCCCACUUGCAUUAAUAAGCCUUAAGUGCCCCUGAUCCUCAAGCGUGUUCACAAGUUGGCCUCCCUUGCUUUACUUUUGGUAUGUACUAACCACUGCAUACUGGGUACACCGCAUCUGCUGUUUUAUAGAUGCUCUGACCCAUUCUUCUAACCAUCACUAUAUGACUUUUGUCAAAUUCAAUUCUAUCCUCUUGCUUGCCCAUUUUUCCUGCUUUUAACACCUGAAAUUGAAGAACUGACUGUUCACUUGCUGCCUAAUAUAUCCCACCCUUUGACAGGUGCCAUUGUAACAAUAUAAUCCAUAUUAUUCAAUUCACUGGUCAGUAGUUUUAAUGUUGUGGCUGAUCAGGGUAUAAUGAUCUGAUGAAUGUGGCAUAUACAGUUUCAUUAGGGUGUAGGAUGUAAUCCUGGAAAGAUUUGUUUAAUGUUUUUUUUUUUUUUCUUUGUUUUUUUUUCCAGGUAUAAUUACAUCCAGGGAGUGAAGCUUCUAGGCGCUUACCUGUUCGAGGUUUCUCAACUAGAAUAAAGCCUCAAUUCACUGUAUUCUGUUUCUUUAUCAUCGGAGGAUAAAGAUCAUCCCAUAUUUUAUAUGUUGUAAAAAGGCUGCUACAAUAAAUCUCUAGCCCACAGUGAUUUUACAAAAUUGUUUGGCUGUCUGUUCAUUGUGUUAAUUACGUUUUGGU